CUGAAAGGUUACAAUCGGAUUGAAUCGACUGACUCUGUGGGAAAGGGGAAAAGGCCUUUAUUCUUAUUCGGCAAUGCUGAUCAGAAGUGAUGUUCCAGGAGCCGAACCAAUCGAUCUUCGAAGGCGGAGGACCAGCACAACCCGGGCGAACCUAAUAAUAGCAGCAGCUGUGCGAUGUCACCGACAAACGCCAGACCGAAGCGGAAUCCGAGGCGGGCGGCCGCGAACAAACAAUGGAGUGAGGAGCACCUGUUGACUAGCCCGAAGUCGCGGCUGGUUGACCUGGAUCUGGUGACACUGCUUCGUCAUCCUGAAGCCUGGUCAUGUCUGGAGGAGAGUGAGAAGGAGGAGAUUCUCAAACUCCUGCCCGACAACGCGCACCCGAAUCCUUACCCUCCGGCUGGCGACCCCGAGGCUAAGAUCCCCCCGCCGCCGGAGUCCUUUCUACGCUAUUCGAAUAACUGGCGCGACGGCAUCCGCCAAUUCCAGCUGGAUCUCCAGCAUGGUCGCUACCAUCCGGAAUGGCAGCGCCAAGCGGAGAAAGCCGUCGAAGAGAGGGCGGCGGGGAAAUUUGAUCGCUUCAAGGAGGAGGAGUUCGAGGAGUUCUGGGGCCAGAAACAGAAAGUGGACCGGAGUCUGGUGGCCGGACAGAGCUCUCAGGUCAAACUGAAGAUGCUGACUGAUAACGGAGUGAUCUGUGAAGGCGAUGUCUUGACGUACUCCAGAGUCUUCUCCGUAGGCAGUCAGAAGAUCCUUGUUGAGAAGGAAGCUAGAAUCGUGAAGAUCGAGGGCGCAGACUUGACCGUCGCCGUCCCACCAGGGCAGCGUGUCUUCCUUUCCUCUGCGCCGGAUUCCGCGAUAGGUUCGACAAGCCCCACGAAUGGAGCGAAUUUGACGAACAACACAGAAACCACCGAAGCGUAUCUACGACAGGAGGACGGUCAGACUGACACAGGAUCGGCGCUGGAAGCCGAAGAGGUGGAGAUUAUUUCUCAUCACAAACGCACGAGAGAUUCUGAGCUCCCUGACAGCAAGAGGCCGCGCUUGGAGUCUCAGAACAACAGUGCAACUGGCAACCUGGAUUUGGAAAAGGUGGAAAAUCAAACACCUACGGAAAGUCCACUUCCCGAAGAUGAACCUCUGUGUUCGGAGCCCCAAACCAGCACUACGGAUGACAAUGUAGGUCUGGAAGACAUGGAAGUUCAAGCGUCUACGGAUCAGCCACUUCCCAAACCAGAUUCCAACCAGGAUAGCCUAAAUACAACGGCGGCACCACCUACAGACCAUGCGCAAGAUGCUAAGGAGAUCAUAAUACCCAACAUUCGAGGACUCAAUGCGUUGGCCUCGAAAAUCAUAGAGAUAGAUGGGCGAAUCAAGAAGGUGCCCAAUGGUAAUUCUUGGAAGGAGUUUCGAGCUCACAGAAACAACCAGGAUUUAGGAAGCUUGUGGGAAGUCAGACACGCCUGGUUCUUGCGCGAGAACAAGAAGGGAACAUCAACCUAGUUGAUGUAGGUACCGUCUCGAAUUCGAUCUAAACACAGCCUGUCAUUGGACUAGUCUAGGAUAGAAGAAAUCGUAUGAGAUUGGCUGGCUGACAACAUGUCGCCAUGCUUUAUUAGCUAAAUCAUG